UCCAAAAGAGGAAGAUGCCAGCUGUAGCGCUGGUGAUCUGAGCACACAUAUUGAGACUCCAUCUCCUGGCAACGCUGUCGCCGAACCGGAAGGCUCGGUUCGUGAUGGAGAGCUACAGGAAGGCUCACUACCAGAUCAUGACUUAUCGAAGGAGGUCCUCGAUGAGGCGGCAGAGGCGACGACGGCCAUUGAUGAUAAAGCCGAUGCCUCGGAUAUCCUACCGGCCAUACCCUUGGACAACUCGGCUGCUGCUACUGGGGAUGACGAUGUGGCUGACGACAAGUGGCAUGGUGAUGAUGAGGAGGCUGGCUGGAAGAGGGGACGAAACUGGUCCAAGUGGGACAAUGGUGAUCGUCGUGGUGGUGGUGGAUGGAAAGGCAAUUGGAAGGGUAAGUGGAAGAAGGAUGAGUGGAAGAAGGAUGAGAAUGGCAA